UUGAUUUUCAAUCCCAAGAACGCGGUCUUCGAAUUUCAAACUCAAGGACGUGCCCUAGAGACGUACGUUUUUCUCUCAAGAUUUUAUGACUAGGGCGCGGUGGAAUGACGUCGAAACACUUAUCAAGGUCUUUUUGAGAUGGGCAUAACGAAUCCCUAGUCCAUCAAGGAAACUGCCAAUCAGCCUAUCCGGAUGCAUAGUCUUCACGAUUCGUCUGCGCGAUUCGACGGCGUGGAGAUGUCCAGGAGAGCGAUUGGACGGAGGAAUUAGCACUUCGACGAAGCUCUGCGCAAAGGGUGAUUCGUCGGGUGGGGGGAGGCGCGGGCGGCGACACCUUGAUCUCGUCGCGUCGGUCGUCGAGGCUAUGAUUGACAAGCUUCGAUUGACAACUGAAUCAGGACACCAACAAAUACGGUGGAGUGACUUUGCAGUGCUUGGGGAGGAAAGCUAUCUAGCAGCAUACCUCAGCGGUCCCUCCCUCAAGAGGGUAGCGGAGAUAAGCAGAGGGUUGACGUGGCGGAGGGAGGGUGGGUCGGGGGGGGGGGGGGGGGGGGGGGGGGGGGGGGGGGGUCUUGGCUGGACAGAGCUUCUUCGGGGUUGGGAAUGCUGUGAGGGAGUAGCAACAUUGAGUUGGCCGUUUGAAACAAUACGCAGCGCAGAAGCUGGAGCUUGCGGAAGUUGAGGGGGUGGUGAUUGAUUGCUUGCAGUUGAAGGCGCAGGCACGGAGAAGUGUCGGUGAAAAAAAAUGGCGGAGCACUUGGCUUCCAUCUUUGGCACGGAGAAGGACAGGGUGAACUGUCCGUUCUACUUCAAGAUUGGUGCGUGUCGCCACGGAGAUCGAUGCUCACGACUCCACAACAGACCCAAUGCCAGCCAGACACUGCUGUUUGCAAACAUGUACCAAAGCCCUGACGCCAAUAUUCAGACGGGAAUGGACCAGCAUGGAAAUGUCCAGCAGAUGGAUCCGAGGAAAGUCCAGGAACAUUUUGAGGACUUCUAUGAAGAUGUGUUUGAAGAGCUGUGUAAUUAUGGGGAGCUGGAGUGCUUGCACGUGUGUGAUAACCUUGCGGACCAUAUGAUUGGGAAUGUCUACUGUAAGUUUCGGGAGGAGGAGCAAGCAGCUGCCGCUCUUCGUGCACUUUCAGGACGUUACUACGCAGGCCGACCCAUCAUCGUUGACUUCUCCCCAGUGACAGACUUUCGGGAGGCCACAUGCAGGCAACACGAGGAGAACAACUGCAACCGUGGAGGUUAUUGCAAUUUUAUGCACUUGAAAAGAAUUGGAAGGGAUUUGCGUAGGAAGCUGUUUGGAAGGUUCAAGCGCAGUCGCAGUCGCAGUCCCAGUCCUUAUGGCCGAGACAGUGACCAUGGCAGUCCCAGGCGGAGGUACUAUGAUGAUCGGCAGUUUGAAGAACGCCGGGAUUAUAGGGAUCGACCUUGGGACAGAGAUCGAGGUGGAAGGGGUCGGUAUUAUAAUCGAGACGACAGAUAUCGGGAUGAGAGGAACCGAAGCAGGAAGCGUGAGCGGUCCAGAAGCUACACACCUGACCGAAGGAGACGCGAGAGAAGUCCGACAAGAGAAGGGAGUGCGGAAAGAAGGGCCAAGAUUGAGCAGUGGAAUAGAGAGAGGGAGCAGGCAGCAGCCUCUGUGGGAAAUGGAGGCAAUGGAGUGUACCAGCAGCGGUAGUGUUUGCAACUACAAACUGGUUGGCGGGGAGACAAGCUUUAUGUCGGUGCAGGGAAGCCCGUCCAUGUAUUGGGAGUGGACCAGAGGAGAGCAGGUGGUACGGCAGGCCGUAGCAUUUGCAUGUAUGGCAGGGAAGGUGACGCAGCUGAAGACUUGUUAACCAUUUUUUGUUGUUUUUCUUUUUCAAAUUUUCAUUAUUUUUUCUCCCCUUCUGUUUGCGCAGGUUAGAAGGAUUGCUUCUCUUUACAUGUGCCCGUGCCUCUUAUCUGCCUGUGUUUCUCUGGGCAGGUGUAGCAAAUCUUUCAGGUUGGGCAAGAGUCCGUUUGUUAGAGUGCAGGCUUGUGCCAUUCCAUUUGUUGAUGUGGCUUCUCUCCUAACAGAUCCCCUAACAACAGUGCGCUUGGGGAAAAUGGUUGUCAAGCACGGUUCCCAAGGGCCUUCCAUUUUCCAUUUCUUUCCACUCUCCCUUGUCCUUAGCUCUCUUGAUGUGACUCGAUUCCUAGGCCGUCUUUCGUCCGACAACGGGCGUGCACAAGACAUCAGCUCACAGAGCCAGGUGAUGGGGCACAGUCGUGCUCAGGAGGAGAGAUGCAGCUCGGGGCAACAAUGGCAGAGGAGGUAACACUGCUUUGGGGGAUCCAUCUGUCACGGGUUGAUUAGCAUGUAUGUAAUCUGGAUGAGGAGGAAGGACAGGUGGAUGAAGAAAUUGGGUCUUGGAUGUUUCUUGGCAGUGUUUUGGUCCAGGAAAGGUGUCCAGGUGCAUGCUGCAGGAAUGGGUUUGUGAAAAGGUGAAUGUUCGUUGUUUUUUGCGGAAACUUGUCUUCUUUCAGGGGCCGAAUUGUUUGUUUCCCAGUUGUGGCGAAGGUCACCCGCCUGUACUGUUCUCUGGUUGGGAAAAGGUCAUUGGCAACGGACUAGCCGUCAUUCGGACUGGAAAUGACUCUCUCUCCUCGGUCGACGAGCUGUCAGGAGGAGCCGUCUCAGCAGUUUGCUGUUGAUUGUCAGGUGUGUAGGUGUGCACCAGGUAGCGGUUAUAAAAGGGUCUCUGGUCUCUGGUAUAGGGUCUAUCCUAUUGGCAUAAGCCAUUUUACUGAGGUGUCGAGAGUUUAUCUGUGUGUUUUGUUAUCAGCAAAGCUGAAACUACAGUUGCCAAGGGGAUGGGAAUGUGUCUUUUUUUUUUUUUUUUUUUUUUUUUUUUUUUUUUUGAAGUCCAGGAUGUUGUAGAGGUCGGUUUCUGGACCCACAACAGGUACCUAUCUACAGUCAGCAUUGUAUCAUUUUGGUGGUUCUCUUCUCGAAUACUGUCCUCAAUUUGCAAGAGGCAAAUACAAUACAGAAAUUGAGUUACCCCAUUUUGUCUUUGCCAUUUGUUUUAAGUGUGGUACUUUCGGUUAUGUGCAGAGCGGAAGCAGGAUCGCCGUUAGUAGUUGAGGUUCAGUCUUUGCGUAUGGUUUCCUGGUGUACAUUGCUGCAUUUACAGUUGAGAAUUUGCAAGUGCUCGGAAACG